AUGGCUCUUACGAAUGAGCCUCCAGUGGCUGCCGUCAACUCAUUGACAGCGCCUGGCCUUCGCAAGAAUGGCAAACAAUGGCGCGCAGCAAAAACACCGUUUCGCCUCAAUGCAGGCCAAACUACAUAUGAAAAAAGGCUAGCUGAAAGGCACGCGCGAUCAGCUAUGAAAGCAAAAGAAAAGGAAAUGAAGGAAGCAAAGGAAGAGGACCGACAGAAACAGGUUCAACGCAUCAAAGAUCGAAGGGCUGCGAAGGAGGAGAAGGAGCGAUAUGAGAAGAUGGAGGAGAAGAUGCGAAGGAAGAAGGUGGAAAGGUUAAAGAGAAAGGAGAAGAGAAAUAAGAUGCUGAAAUCAUGA